CCGGCGAAUGAGGAGCGAAGUCUCUUUGAUUAAGCCGCCUGUCGAUUGCGCACGCGUGCUUCUGCUUUUGCGCUGGGCGAGCAGGCGGGAGAUCCAAGCCAGCCAUCAGGUGGUGCCACACCAUGGAAAUCAGCCACUCCGUGAAGGAGCGCACCAUCUCGGAGAACAGCCUUGUCAUCCUGCUGCAGGGCCUCCACGGACAUGUCACCACUGUGGAGCUGCGGGACGAAAGCAUGGCUGUGGGCCGCAUCACCAACGUUGACGCCUUCAUGAACAUCCGCCUGGCUGAGGCGACGUUCACUGACCGGUGUGGCCAUUCUACCUGGCUGGAUGAUCUGUUUGUGACGGGAAGGAACGUCCGCUACGUCCACAUCCCUGACGACAUGGACAUCACAACCACCAUUGAGAAACAGCUGCAGCUCAUUCACAGAGUUCGCACUUUUGGUGGCCGAGACAGAGGCAGGAAGGAGUUCCUUAAGCAGAGCUACAAAUGAGCGGGCUGGUCCCCUGGAUUUGCCGUGUGCCCAAACUCAGCCUGACAUUGCUUGUACUCCUGAUGAAGAAGCACAUUUUUCUGGACUGAAAUUAGAAGUGACCUGUAGACAACCCUCCCUGAUUUUCCAAGAUGCCUUCCUUGGCUGCACUUCCUGAGUUCAAGAGUUCACCAGACUUUUUUAUAGAAAGGGGAAGUGGGCAUUAGGUCCCUUUGUAAGAAUAAGUUAGAAUAUAACUGACCUUUGCAACAAA